UCCCCUCUUCUGUUCCAUGCUGGCGGCUGGCAGAGUGCGAGAACCACUGCCUCAAUACCAUCACAGAAGCCAUCGAGAUCCCGCAGUUUAUGGGCCACAGUUAUCUGAUCUACGACAACCCAGAUAUCCUCAAGAGGGUAUCAGGAUCAAGAUCAAAUGCAUUCAUGAGGUUUAAGACAACUGCCAAAGAUGGUCUGUUGAUGUGGAGGGGAGACAGCCCCAUGAGACCCAACAGUGACUUCAUUUCCUUGGGCCUUCGAGAUGGAGCCCUGGUGUUCAGCUAUAACCUGGGCAGUGGCGUGGCGUCCAUCAUGGUUAAUGGCUCCUUCAGUGAUGGUCGGUGGCACCGAGUCAAGGCUGUCCGGGAUGGCCAAUCCGGAAAGAUAACUGUGGAUGACUAUGGGGCCAGAACAGGCAAAUCACCUGGCAUGAUGAGGCAGCUCAACAUCAAUGGAGCUCUGUAUGUGGGUGGAAUGAAGGAAAUCGCUCUGCACACUAACAGGCAAUACAUGCGAGGCCUCGUGGGCUGUAUUUCUCAUUUCACCCUGUCCACCGAUUACCACAUUUCCCUCGUCGAAGACGCUGUGGAUGGGAAAAACAUCAACACCUGUGGAGCCAAGUAAGCCCAGCUGGGCUUGCCCAAGGGACACAGCCUUCUCUGCUGAGAAUCCCCGGGGCCCCGCGACCCUGCCUGAUGCCACGCACGGAGGCACGGCGGCCAGGUGCGUUUCUUCCCAUCAAGGAGAAAGUACCCCCUGAUGAGAAACUAGAACCAAGACAGGAGUCCCUGUGUGGCCCUUCCUGCUGACACUCUGUGGGCCAAACCCAAUGGAAUACUCUGUGUAGGAAGCGUCGAACUUUGUCCAUUGAAUGUGCAGGGGCUGCCAGAGAUCACACUUCAAUGCAAAUUCCAGAGCCUAUCUGCUGUAGCUCAGUGACUGUGUUGUGAUUCAUAGUGAAUAAAAA